UUUCUCCACCCCAUCACCACCACCGUGUUUACAUCACCGGAAGGCGCGUCCCGUCCCGCCGGCCAAUGGGGAACGGCUCGGCCGGUGACGGUACGGGGAUUGAGGCCGAACCCGGAAAGCUCCGCGUUCAGAGCGCUGCUGCCCGCCCGAGAGUUUACGUCGCCGCUGUCCUCCUCCCGCUUCGCCUCUCCGUGCGCAGAUGGACCCGGUAGGAGUCGCCGCCGCCCCCCCCGAGGCCGGGCCGGGCCCAGCCUGGCAGAGCAAGUGUCCCUGGGGAACUCCAAAAACUGCCUCGAUAUCAUGUUCCCUUGCUGAUGUUAUGAGUGAACAGCUGGCAAAAGAGCUGCAGCUGGAGGAGGAAAAUGCUGCUUUUCCUGAAGUAGUUGCUGUUGCAGAAGGACCAUUUAUUACAGGAGAAAAUGUUGACACUUCUAGUGACCUAAUGCUAGCUCAGAUGCUGCAGAUGGAAUUUGACAGGGAAUAUGAUGCACAGCUUCGGCGUGAAGAGAAGAAAUUCAAUGGAGACAGCAAAGUUUCCAUAUCCUUUGAAAAUUAUCGGAAGGUGCAUCCCUUUGACAGUGACAGCUCAGAGGAUGAAGUUGAUUGGCAGGAUACUAGGCAUGAUCCUUACAGGGCAGAUAAACCUACUAUUACACCAAAAAAGGGUUUCAUAGGGAAAGGAAAGGACAUUACUACUAAACAUGACGAAGUGGUUUGUGGAAGAAAGAACACUGCUCGUAUGGAAAAUUUUGCGCCAGGGUUUCAAGUUGGGGAUGGAAUUGGGAUGGACUUAAAGCUGUCAAAUCAAGUCUUUAACGCCUUAAAGCAGCAUGCAUACUCUGAGGAACGUCGAAGUGCAAGGCUCCAUGAAAAGAAGGAACACUCCACUGCAGAGAAAGCAGUGGAUCCUAAAACACGUUUACUUCUGUACAAGAUGGUCAGUGGUGGAAUGCUGGAGACCAUCACAGGCUGCAUCAGCACAGGGAAAGAAUCUGUUGUUUUUCAUGCAUAUGGAGGAAGUGCAACUGAAGGUGAUAAAGUUAUACCUCCAGAAUGUGCCAUUAAAGUGUUUAAAACAACUCUUAAUGAAUUCAAAAACCGUGACAAAUACAUCAAGGAUGACUACAGAUUCAAAGACCGCUUCAGUAAAUUGAAUCCACGGAAGAUUAUUCGCAUGUGGGCUGAGAAAGAAAUGCAUAACUUAACAAGGAUGCAAAAUGCAGGAAUUCCUUGUCCUCAAGUGGUUAUCCUUAAGAAACACGUCUUGGUUAUGUCUUUCAUUGGCCAGGAUCAAGUCCCAGCACCUAAACUAAAGGAUGUAAAACUUAAUAGUGAAGAUAUGAAAAAGGCCUACUAUCAAGUUCUUAAUAUGAUGCAGCAGUUGUAUAAAGAGUGUAAUCUGGUCCACGCUGAUCUGAGUGAAUACAACAUGCUUUGGCACGAUGGAAAGGUUUGGCUUAUUGAUGUCAGUCAGUCUGUGGAGCCAACUCAUCCUCAUGGACUGGAAUUUUUGUUCAGAGACUGUAGGAACGUUUCACAGUUCUUCCAGAAAGGAGGUGUGGCAGAAGCACUUAAUGAGCGUGAGCUCUUCAAUGCUGUCUCAGGUUUAAAUAUUACAGCUGAAAGUGAAGUGGACUUCCAAGCAGAGAUUGAAGCCUUGGAGAAGAUGAAUGAAGAUCACGUGCAGAAUCAUGGAAAGAAGGUGUCCACGUUUUCAACUGAUGGAGACCCACCUAUAUAUAAUGAAUAGCACUGGGUGUGUAGCUGCUUUAAAAACAACAACAACACAGACUUGCUGCUACUGACAUUGUUGGUGCAGUGGUAAAUGUCAACUACCAAUGUUGAGAGAGUGGUUGACUGGGAUUGCCAAAAUGGAAAACACAGUGAGCGUAUGGUGAUGCCUCAGUGUGUUUUUUCUUUUUGUUUGCUUUGUUUUUAACCUGGCCCGCGCAUCAGGCUGGCACUGGGAGGAUGAAAUGUCACUACUUCUGGGGAUGGUCUGACAGCAUCACCGAUUGGCUGCUCACACUAGGCCAAUAUAGCUGAGGUGGUCAUAUUUUGCAUGAUUCAGAGCUUCUGUUUUAGUAGAUUUUUUUUUUUCUCCUAAAAGUUACACAUCAUUUAAAUUUACUGAGAAAGCACACUAAGAGAGUCUCUUUUUUUU